AUGAGAGUCGAAAGCAAUACACUGAGGGCAAUAGAUAAGACUGUCACUGAUAAGAAUAGAGCAGAAGGUACUUACAGCGAGUGGAGCUGGCUAGGAGAAGACAACGUACUGAGCAAGAAACCGGGCGCGGGUGCCCGCUUCGGAGGGGGGUACGAAAUUCAACUAAUUUGGAGAGAUUAUUGGAAAAGAAACAUUACAUCUCCUGACACAUCAGGACAGCGGAUAAACCGACAACAGCUGUUUUACCGACAGACCACAAGCUUAAGCCAAUAUGAUAAAAAGACAGACAGUGACCUUGUUCCGGAAGGACGUUCUGUCGAUUCGGACAGCUAA